AUGGCCAACUCCACGGCCGAUAAGCCUGACAUGAUCAUGAUUGAUGAAUGCGAGAGAGUCGCGGGUGAUGCUGAAAAGGGGCCCCAAAUCCAUGUCAUUGACACCAUUCGGGUGCUGGGCUUGAGUGACGAGGAAGCCGACUUUUACAACAGUGUGACGCCAGAGAUGCGCCAAAAAAUCAUACGCAAGGUUGAUGUCCGCCUUGUGCCCAUGCUAGCCAUUCUUUACCUCAUGUCCCAUCUCGACCGCGCCAACAUUGGCAACGCCAAGAUCGAGGGCCUGACCACGGACCUCAAGCUCGGCAACCUGCAGUACAACAUCAUCCUGUCCCUCUUCUUCAUCCCCUACAUCCUCCUCGAGAUCCCGAGCAACAUCCUGCUCAAGCGCUUCCGCCGCCCCUCGUACUACAUUGGCAUGCUCGUCACCGUCUGGGGCGUCAUCAUGGCACUGCACGGCGUCGUGGACAACUUUGCCGGGCUGCUCGUCGUCCGCCUCCUGCUCGGCGUCUUCGAGGCCGGCUUCUACCCCGGUGCCGUCUACCUCUGCACGUUUUGGUACAUGCCGCGGCAGCUGGCCACGCGCAUCGCCUGCUUCUACAGCACGAGUGCGCUGUCGGGCGCGUUUUCGGGGCUGCUGGCCGCGGGCAUCGCGCAGAUGCACGGCGUGGGCGGCUACGAGGGCUGGCGCUGGAUCUUCAUCCUCGAAGGGCUCGCCACGGUCGUCCUCGGCGUCUGCUGCUUCUUUUUCCUCAUCGACUCGCCGUCGUUGUCGGGCCGGUGGCUCGGCCCGGAGGAGAUGCGCUUCCUCGAGCUGCAGCACUUCAUCAAGCAAGGCGGUCGAUUCAGCGACGAGGAAAGCGAAAGCAAGUUUAACUGGCAUGACCUCAAAAUGGUUGUCACCAACAGGCGCCUCUACUUGCAGGCGUACAUCCUGCUGUGCAUCUCGGCUUGUUCGUACGGCACCAAGUUUACCCUGCCUUCCAUCGUCAAGGGCAUGGGCUUCACCAAGACCACUGCGCAGCUCAUGACUGCGCCAGCCUACGUCGCAGGUGCGGUCUCGGCCAUCUUCUUCGCCCGGCUGUCCGAUCAUUUCAACUGGCGCAUGCCCUUUGUGGUCAUGCCUCUCGGCCUCAUCACCAUUGGCUACGCCGUCAUCAUGUCUUUCCAAGGAAACCUGACCGGUAGCCACGUCGGGCCCGGUUACUUUGCCCUUGUGCUGACCUGCAUGGGCAUAUACCCCGUCCAGCCGGCCGGCAGCAGCUGGGCGGCCAACAACCUCGCGCCGUCUAACCGCCGUGCUAUUGGCGUGGCGUUCAACAUUUGCGUCGGCAAUCUCGGUGGCAUCGUGGGCAGCUACAUGUACCUUGACCGCGAGGCACCGACCUACGAGACGGGGUUUGGCUUGUCGUUGGCCUUUGGUGCCAGUGGGAUGCUCGUGGCCGUGCUUCUAGAGCUUAGCUACAUCUGGGCCAACAAGCGUAGGGAGAGUCUCGAUAACGAGCAAGUAAGGGCGCAAUAUUCAGAGGACGAGCUCAUCAAGUUGGGAGACAAGAGUCCGCUCUUCAAGUACGUUCUGUAG